AUGUUGGAAGGUCUUGUAGCUUGGGUCCUCAACACCUAUCUGGGGAAGUACGUCAAUAACCUCAACACUGACCAGCUCUCAGUUGCUCUCCUGAAAGGUGCUGUUGAAUUAGAAAACUUGCCACUAAAGAAAGAUGCUUUGAAAGAACUGGAGUUACCUUUUGAAGUCAAAGCUGGCUUGAUUGGCAAAGUUACCCUUCAGAUUCCUUUUUAUCGCCCCCAUGUGGACCCUUGGGUGAUCUCCAUCUCCAGCCUUCAUGUAAUCGGAGCCCCUGAAAAAAUUCAGGAUUUCGACGAUGAAAAGGAGAAGCUGUUGGAACGGGAACGCAAAAAAGUACUCCUUCAAGCCCUGGAGGAGAAAUGGAAGAGCGAACGCCAGCAGAAAGGGGAGUCCUACUGGUAUUCAGUUACUGCCUCUGUGGUUACCAGAAUUGUGGAGAAUAUCGAAUUGAAAAUUCAAGAUGUCCAUUUGCGUUUUGAAGAUGGUGUUACCAAUCCUUCUCACCCCUUUGCCUUUGGCAUCUGCAUUAAGAAUGUGUCCAUGCAAAAUGCUGUGAAUGAGCCUGUACAGAAAUUAAUGCGGAAAAAGCAAUUAGAUGUGGCCGAGUUUAGCAUCUAUUGGGAUGUGGAUUGCACUUUACUGGGGGACUUGCCUCAUGGGGAGUUACAGGAGGCAAUGGGCAGGAGCAUGGAGAGCCGCAAUCAUCACUACAUCUUGGAGCCUGUGUGUGCGUCCGCUCUUUUGAAGAGAAACUGCUCUAAGGAGCCUCUGAGGUCUCGGCAUUGUCCCCGUAUCGAGUGUGAUAUCCAGCUGGAGACCAUUCCUUUGAAACUCUCUCAGCUGCAAUACCGGCAAAUCAUGGGAUUCCUCAAGGAGCUGGAACGAAAGGAGAGGCAGGUGAAGUUCCGAAAAUGGAAACCCAAAGUGGCAGUAUCUGAGAACUGCCGAGAAUGGUGGUAUUUUGCUUUGAAUGCAAAUUUACAUGCGAUCAGAGAGCAGAGGAGAUGUUGUACAUGGGAUUUCCUGUUGCAUCGUGCCCGUGAUGCUGUAUCUUACACUGACAAAUAUUUCAACAAGUUAAAAGGAGCCUUGCUGUCUGCUGAUGACAAGGAGGAGAUGUGUCGGAUUGAAGAGGAACAGAGCUUUGAGGAACUGAAGAUUUUGCGCGAGCUGGUUCAUGAACGAUUUCAUAAACAAGAAGAGCUGGCAGAGAGUCUACGAGAGCCUCAAUUUGAUUCUCCGGGAGACUCUCCUGGAGACCCAGAGACCAGUGGUAGCAGUGGGAUGCUGCAGUAUCUUCAGUCCUGGUUUCCUGGCUGGGGUGGCUGGUAUGGACAGCAGACCCCUGAAGGGAAACCAGUGGAAGGCCUGUCAGCAGAGCAGCAGGAGCAGUGGAUUCCUGAGGAGAUUCUGGGCACCGAUGAGUUUUUUGAUCCCACCGCAGAUGCCUCUUGUAUGAACACCUACACGAAGCGAGAUCACAUCUUUGCCAAACUGAACGUGCAGCUGCAGCGUGGCACAGUGACGCUGCUACACAAGGAGCAGGGGACGCCUCAAAGGAACGAAAGUGCUUUCAUGCAACUCGAGUUCUCAGAUGUGAAACUUUUAGCAGAAUCUCUUCCUCGAAGACAUUCCUCCUUGCUCUUAGUCCGGUUGGGUGGACUGUUCCUUCGAGACCUGGCAACUGAAGGGACUAUGUUUCCCCUUCUUGUCUUCCCUAAUCCGCAGAAAGAAGUUGGCAGAGUCUCACAGUCUUUUGGUCUCCAGACAACAUCUUCAGACAGAAGCGAUCAUGACCCUGUUGCUGAUUGGAAUGACCCAGUUUUUGAGAUGCUAUAUGAGAGGAACCCAGCGCACAGUCAUUUUGAGAGGCGCCUGAAUGUCAGCACGAGGCCCUUGAACAUCAUCUAUAACCCCCAGGCUAUUAAAAAAGUCGUUGACUUUUUCUAUAAGGGAAAGGUUCAUACCUCAGGUUUUGGUUAUCAGUCUGAACUUGAGUUAAGAGUAGCUGAAGCUGCCCGAAGACAAUACAACAAACUGAAGAUGCAGACCAAGGCAGAAAUCCGACAAACUCUUGAUCGUUUGCUAGUGGGUGACUUCAUUGAAGAAAGUAAACGAUGGAGUGUGCGACUAGAUAUUUCUGCCCCUCAGGUGAUAUUUCCUGAUGAUUUCAAAUUUAAGAAUCCGGUGUUAGUUGUUGUGGAUCUAGGAAGAAUGUUACUGACAAAUACCCAAGAUGACUCCAAGAGGAAAAAUGGGGAUGAGUCAGCAUCAGAAAACAAUCAAUUUAGUGAUGAUGAAUACAAGACCCCCCUCGCCACACCUCCUAACACGCCACCCCCUGAGACAAGCAGUAGUAAUGGAGAGAAGACACCUCCAUUUUCUGGAGUUGAAUUCAGUGAAGAGCAGCUUCAAGCACACUUAAUGAGCACCAAGAUGUAUGAGAGGUAUUCCCUGUCAUUCCUGGACCUCCAGAUCAUGGUUGGACGAGUGAAAGACAAUUGGAAGCAUGCACAGGGUAUUGACGUGGGGCCAACCCACGUGGUGGAGAAAUUCAAUGUUCAUCUGCACUUAGAACGCCGAUUGAUUUACACUUCAGACCCCAAAUACCCAGGAGCAGUGCUCUCAGGCAACUUACCAGACUUAAAAAUCCAUAUCAAUGAAGAUAAAAUAUCUGCUCUAAAGAAUUGCUUUGCUCUUUUGGCCUCCUCAGAAAUGAAGACUUCGGACACUCAGAUUAAAGAGAACAUUUUUCCCCAAGAGGAGCAGCGGGGCAGUCUGCAAGACUCAGUAAUGAAUUUAACCCAGAGCAUUGUGAUGUUGGAGCAGCAUACUCGAGAGGUUCUGGUGGAAUCUCAGCUCCUCCUUGCAGAAUUUAAAGUUAACUGUAUGCAACUUGCUGUUGAGAGCAAUGGCCGCUAUAUUUCCGUGCUCAAGGUUUUCGGUACCAAUGCUCACUUUGUGAAGAGGCCUUAUGAUGCUGAAGUCUCCUUAACUGUUCAUGGUCUACUGCUGGUGGACACCAUGCAGACAUAUGGUGCUGACUUUGACCUUUUGAUGGCUUCGCACAAGAACUUGAGUUUUGAUAUUCCAACAGGAAGCCUCCGGGAUAGCAGGGCCCAGUCUCCUGUCUCUGGACCCAAUGUGGUCCAUUUAACUGAUGCAGCCAUACUGAGCGAUCGGUCAGCUACCAGUGUUUCACUUGACAACAUUCUCACCAAAGAACAAGAGUCCCUCAUUAAACUGGAAUAUCAGUUUGUGAGUUCAGAGUGUCCAUCGAUGAAUUUAGACAGCACUCUUCAGGUGAUCUCAUUGCAAGUCAAUAAUUUGGAUAUUAUUCUGAAUCCAGAGACAAUUGUAGAACUGAUUGGUUUUCUUCAAAAGUCUUUCCCCAAGGAAAAGGAUGAUUUGAGUCCUCAACCUUUAAUGACUGAUUUGGAAAGAGGCUUCUGGGAACAAGGCACCUACCAAUCUACAUAUGAACAAAACACUGAGGUUGCAGUGGAGAUCCAUAGGCUUAACUUACUGCUCCUGCGAACAGUGGAAAUGGCCAAUGGAGAGAAAUACGGCAGAAAAAUUGCAACUGCCAGUGUAGGGGGCACCAAAGUUAAUGUCUCAAUGGGGAACACAUUUGAUAUGAAUGGUUCUCUGGGCUGUUUGCAACUUAUGGAUUUGACACAAGAGAAUGUGAAGAACCAAUAUGUAGUCAGCAUCGGAAAUUCCACAGGCUACGAAAGCAUCAUCAGUGACAUUGGCUACUUUGAAUCUGUGUUUGUCAGAAUGGAAGAUGUAGCCCUCACGGAAGCUUUGAGUUUCACAUUUGUUGAGAGAUCUAAACAGGAGUGGUUCCUCAACCUCAAGAUGGCUUCCUUGCAUUACAACCACUCUGCUAAGUUUUUGAAGGAGUUAACAUUAUCCAUGGACGAGCUAGAGGAAAGUUUUCAAAGUAUGCUGAAAAGUGCAGCCACUAAAGUCACCACUGUGCUAGCUACUAAAACUGCCGAGUACAGCGAGAUGGUAUCACUCUUUGAAACUCCCAGGAAGACUCGGGAACCUUUUAUCUUAGAAGAAAAUGAACUAUACGGAUUUGGCCUACCUGCAUCUCAUUCUGACACUGUGAAGCUCAUCUUGAAUGUAAACAUUGAGUCCCCAGUGGUUUCUAUCCCUCGAAAGCCUGGGAGUCCCGAGUUGUUGGUAGGACACUUGGGACAGAUAUUCAUCCAGAAUUUUGUGGCUGGAGAUGAUGAAUCCAGAAGUGACCGUCUGCAGGUGGAAAUCAAAGAUAUUAAGUUAUAUUCUUUGAACUGCACCCAGUUGGCAAGUAGAGAGGGCCCUGGGUCUGAAGGAAGUCGAACAGUUUGCCCUCCUCCUGGGUCUGCCAGUGUUGGCAGUCAAGAGGAGACUCCUUUCACCCGCCAUGAUUUCUUUGAAUCUUUGCACCGAGGUCAAGCUUUUCACAUCCUGAACAACACCACCAUCCAGUUUAAACUGGAGAAGACCCCUAUAGAGAGAGAAUCUGAAUUGACCUUCUCCCUUAGUCCGGAUGACCUGGGGACUUCUAGCAUCAUGAAGAUUGAAGGGAAGUUUGUUAAUCCAGUUCAGGUGGUGUUAGCAAAGCAUGUGUAUGAGCAGGUUUUGCAAACACUGGACAAUCUUGUGUAUAGUGAAGAUCUGAAUAAGUUUCCAGUCAGUGCCGCCUCCUCACCUUGCCCUAAUUCUCCUCUGCCUUCCCUCAGUAUCUGUGGAGAAUCUUCUGUUGAAAGGAAGGAGAAUGGAUUGUUUAGCCACUCCAGCCUUUCUAACUCUUCACAAAAGUCUUUGUCUGUGAAGGAAGUCAAAUCCUUCACCCAGAUUCAAGCCAACUUUUGUAUAUCAGAGCUUCAAGUUCAGCUAAGUGGAGAUCUGACUUUGGGGGCUCAGGGUCUUGUGAGCUUAAAGUUUCAGGACUUUGAGGUGGAAUUCAGUAAAGAUCAUCCUCAGACUUUAUCCAUUCAGAUUGCCCUGCGUUCUCUGCUGAUGGAAGAUUUACUGGAGAAAAACCCAGAUUCCAAAUAUAAGAACCUGAUGGUAUCUCGAGGAGCCCCCAAGCCAUCUAGUUUAGCACAGAAAGAAUAUCUCUCUCAGUCUUGCCCUUCAGUAUCCAAUGUGGAGUAUCCCGAUAUGCCUCGGUCUCUUCCUUCUCACAUGGAAGAAGCUCCUAAUGUCUUCCAGUUAUACCAAAGACCCACCUCUGCAUCCCGGAAAAAGCCAAAGGAAGUCCAAGACAAGGAUUAUCCCUUAACUCCACCACCUUCUCCAACAGUAGAUGAGCCCAAAAUCCUUGCUGGAAAGAGUAAAUUUGAUGAUUCACUGGUCCACAUCAAUAUAUUCUUGGUGGAUAAGAAACAUCCUGAAUUUUCUUCCUGUUACAAUCGAGUUAACCGGAGCAUUGAUGUUGAUUUUAACUGCUUGGAUGUAUUGAUCACACUGCAAACUUGGGUUGUGAUACUGGAUUUUUUUGGAAUUGGCUCCACUGCAGACAACCAUGCAAUGAAGGUGCCGCCUGAAGACAUUUUACAAAACAUGAAGAUAGAGUCAAGCACUUUGAUAGAGUCUGAACUUCAGGAUCCAGUUAACACCAAGCUGGAUCUCAAGGUCCACUCACUCUCUCUUGUGCUGAAUAAGACCACCAGUGAGCUUGCUAAAGCUAAUGUGUCCAAACUAGUGGCACACCUGGAAAUGAUUGAGGGAGACCUGGCCUUACAGGGAAGCAUCGGGAGCCUGUCUCUAAGUGACCUUACACCCCACGGAGAGCUAUACAGAGAGCGAUUCACUACAAGUGGAGAAGAAGCACUCAUCUUUCAGACUUUUAAGUUUGGCCGACCCGACCCUCUGCUGCAGAGAGAGCACGACGUUCGAGUGAGUCUCCAGAUGGCCUCUGUGCAGUACGUGCACACGCAGCGCUUUCAGGCUGAGGUGGUGGCCUUUAUUCAGCAUUUCACUCAGCUGCAAGAUGUCUUAGGGCGCCAGCGAGCUGCUAUUGAGGGCCAGACGGUGAGAGAUCAAGCUCAGCGUGGUUCCCGUGUUCUUCUGGAUAUUGAAGCUGGGGCCCCUGUUCUCCUUAUCCCAGAAAGUUCCAGGUCAAAUAAUCUGAUUGUCGCCAAUUUGGGGAAGUUGAAAGUCAAGAACAAGUUUCUCUUUGCAGGUUUUCCUGGGACCUUUUCUUUGCAAGAUAAGGAAUCUGCCCCUUCACCUUCCCCAGUGUGUACUCCCAAACACAGUAUGAGGAAAAUGACAAGCGCAGAGGACUCCAGGGCGACCCAUUCGGAGGGGCUCUUCAUGAAACCUGCUGGAAUGGGUUUAGGCUGCCUGAAGAGUGAGUUUCUGCCAAGUACCGCCACCAUGCAGCCAGGGCAACAAGCCACACCCUCUGUCUGCCAAAUGUCCAGUAGUCCAGAAGAGCAUGUCUGUCUGCUGGAUUGCAUUGUUGUAGACCUGCAGGACAUGGACAUCUUUGCUGCAGAGAGGCGUCCACGAGAGUACUCUAAGACAUCCCAGAAUGACAGUGGUGACCUCAUCUUCCCCUCCUAUUUUGUACGGCAGACAGGAGGAAGCCUCUUAACUGAGCCGUGCAGGCUGAAACUGCAGGUGGAAAGGAAUUUGGAUAAAGAAAUAAGUCAUACUGUGCCAGAUAUAUCUAUCCAUGGCAACCUAUCCUCAGUCCACUGCUCCCUGGAUUUAUAUAAGUACAAACUGAUCCGUGGCUUAUUAGAGAACAACCUUGGAGAGCCCAUAGAGGAGUUUAUGCGGCCUUAUGAUUUACAAGACCCAAGAAUUCACACUGUACUGAGUGGAGAAGUGUACACUUGCAUGUGUUUCCUCAUUGAUAUGGUGAAUGUGAGUCUGGAGCUUAAAGAUCCAAAAGGAAAAGAAAGUUCAGGGUCCUUAGCCAGGUUUGAUUUCAAGAAAUGUAAAUUGCUCUAUGAGAGUUUUUCCAACCAAACCAAGUCCAUUAACUUGGUUUCCCAUUCCAUGAUGGCUUUUGACACCCGCUACACUGGUCAGAAGACAAGCCCUGGCGUGACAAAUGUGUUCAACUGCAUCUUUCAGCCUUCUAAGACCAGCAGCACUGCCCAAGGAUCCAUUCAGAUUGAACUUCAUUUCAGAUCUACCAAGGAUUCCUCGUGUUUCACAGUAGUUCUCAACAACCUCCGUGUGUUCGUCAUAUUUGACUGGCUGCUGUCAGUCCAUGAUUUCCUCCACACUCCCAGCGACAUGAAGAAACCAAAUGCUGCUGCGCCUCCUCGCCACCGUCACUCCAGCAGCGAAACUGCUGUCGUUCCCAAGACAGUGAAGAGUGGGGUAGUUACCAAGCGGUCUUCCCUUCCGAUGCCCGCUGAAAGGCACCUGGAGGUCAAGGUCAAUGUAACAGGCACAGAGUUUGUGGUGGUUGAAGAUGUGUCCUGCUUAGAUACCAAUGCCAUUAUUCUGAAAGGUACCACAGUACUCACCUAUAAGCCCCGAUUUGUCGAUCGCCCUUUCUCCGGAAGUUUGUUUGGCAUUGAGGUGUUUUCAUGCCGACUAGGGAAUGAGCAGGAUACAGCUCUUUCAAUUGUUGAUCCAGUACAAAUUCAAGUGGAGCUGGUGGGAAAUUCUUCUUAUCAGAAUAGUUCGGGAUUGAUGGAUGCAUUCAAUAGUGAAGAUUUCCCACCUAUCUUAGAGAUUCAGUUACAAGCUCUGGAUAUCAGACUCUCCUAUAAUGAUGUUCAACUGUUUCUUGCCAUUGCAAAAUCCAUCCCGGAGCAAGCUAAUGCUGCCGUGCCAGACUCGGUGGCCUUGGAGGCCGAAUCCGUUAGCAGUCACCUUCCUGGUGUGUCUCUUACCAACGAAGAAGUCAGAGAAGGAACAAGGCGUACCUUAGAUCCUGUCUUGGAGUUACAACUAGCUAGACUCCAGGAGCUGGGCUUCAGCAUGGAUGAUUGUCGAAAAGCUCUUUUGUUGUGUCAAGGCCAAUUGAAAAAGGCAGCAACUUGGUUGUUUAAGCACGCUGAGCCUCUGAAGUCUCUUUCCUUGGCCUCUAACAGCCGAGCUAGCCAGGGCACUGUGUCAGCCCAGUUGCUCUCUGGAGUGGAGAUUAAAGCGGAGAGCGUGUGCCUCUGUUUCAUUGAUGACUGCAUGGAUUGUGAUGUUCCUCUCGCUGAGCUCACCUUUUCCCGUCUGAAUUUUCUUCAGCAUGUGAGAACAAGCCUUGAAGGUUACGCCCACUUCACCCUUUCUGGAGAUUAUUAUAACCGCGCCCUGUCAGGCUGGGAGCCAUUUAUUGAGCCAUGGCCAUGCUCUGUAUCCUGGCAACAACAGGCAGCAAGUCGUCUCCAUCCUCCAAGGCUGAAGCUAGAAGCCAAGGCUAAACCCCGUUUGGAUAUUAAUAUCACUUCUGUACUAAUUGACCAGUAUAUAAGUACCAAAGAAUCUUGGAUGGCAGAUUACUGUAAACAAGACAAUGAAGUAGAUUCAACCAAAUCAGAAGACUGGAUGGGCUCUUCAGUGGAUCCGCCAUGCUUUGGACAAAGCCUUCCCCUUGUCUACCUUAGAACUAGGAGUACAGCCAGUCUGACUAACCUAGAGCACCAGAUCUAUGCUAGAGCAGAAGUGAAAACCCCCAAGCGGCGGCAGCCCUUUGUUCCUUUUGCUCUCAGGAAUCACACAGGGUGCACUUUGUGGUUUGCUACCCUGACCACCACGCCCACCAGAGCAGCACUUUCUCACAGUGGGAGUCCAGGGCUAAUUCCAGAAGAGGAUGGAACGUUCCUUGGUGAUGGCCACAAUGUUAGUGAAUGGCAAGAAGUACUCACGGGUGAAGAGAUUCCCUUUGAAUUUGAAGCAAGAGGAAAGUUGAGACACAGACACACCCAUGACCUCCGGAUUCAUCAACUGCAAGUGAGAGUAAAUGGCUGGGAGCAAGUGAGCCCCGUGUCUGUGGACAAAGUUGGGACCUUCUUCCGAUAUGCAGCACCAGAUAAGAAUUCGUCUUGUUCUACGAUUGGCAGUCCAAGCAGCAGAACCAACAUUAUACAUCCCCAGGUUUAUUUCUCAUCUCUCCCACCUGUUCGGGUGGUCUUUGCAGUGACUAUGGAAGGCAGUGCUCGGAAAGUGAUCACUGUUCGUUCAGCCCUCAUUGUAAGGAACAGACUCGAGACACCGAUGGAACUAAGGCUGGACAGCCCCUCCGCUCCUGACAAGCCAGUGGUGCUUCCAGCCAUCAUGCCAGGGGAUGCUUUUGCUGUGCCGUUACACCUCACUUCUUGGAGGCUACAGGCUCGGCCCAAAGGAUUUGGUGUUUUCUUCUGUAAGGCUCCCAUUCAUUGGACCAAUGUAGUGAAGGCCACGGAGGUCAGUAGCAGCAAACGAGAAUGCCACUGUGUGGACACGGAAAAAAGCAGAUUCUUCAGGUUCUGUGUGGCUAUAAAGAAAGAGAAUUAUCCAGAUUACAUGCCCUCAAACAUAUUUUCUGACAGUGCAAAACAGAUUUUCAGACAACCCGGGCAUACCAUUUACCUCCUGCCAACUGUGGUAAUCUGCAACUUGCUGCCUUGUGAACUUGAUUUUUAUGUUAAAGGAAUGCCAAUUAAUGGGACGCUGAAACCUGGCAAAGAGGCAGCUCUGCACACAGCUGAUACAUCCCAGAACAUUGAACUGGGGGUCUCGCUGGAGAAUUUCCCACUCUGUAAAGAAUUACUCAUUCCACCUGGAACUCAAAACUAUAUGGUGAGAAUGCGGCUGUAUGACGUCCACCGGCGGCAGCUGAACCUCACGAUCCGGAUUGUGUGUCGGGCAGAAGGGUCCUUAAAGAUCUUCAUUUCUGCUCCAUAUUGGCUGAUGAACAAAACAGGGUUACCACUGAUCUUCAGACAGGACAAUACAAAGACAGAUGCUGCAGGCCAGUUUGAGGAACAUGAACUGGCUCGGAGCCUAAGCCCUCUCUUAUUCUGCUAUGCUGACAAAGAGCAUCCAAACCUCUGCACGAUGAGAAUUGGAAGGGGAAUUCAUCCCGAAGGCACGCCGGGCUGGUGUCAGGGUUUCUCCCUGGAUGGUGGUAAUGGUGUCCGACCUUUGAACGUCAGUCAGCAAGGAAAUCGCCCGGAACUGAUCUAUAACAUUGGUAUUGAUGUCAAGAAAGGCCGAGGUCGAUAUGUUGACACCUGUAUGGUCAUCUUUGCCCCCCGUUACCUGUUAGAUAAUAAAUCCUCUCACAAGCUUGCAUUUGCACAGAGGGAAUUUGCCAGGGGACAGGGAACAGCCAAUCCUGAAGGUUACAUUUCCACCCUUCCUGGUUCCAGUGUGGUCUUCCACUGGCCUCGGAAUGACUAUGAUCAGUUAUUAUGUGUUAGACUGAUGGAUGUUCCCAAUUGUAUUUGGUCUGGAGGCUUUGAGGUCAACAAGAAUAAUUCCUUCCAUAUCAACAUGAGAGACACCCUGGGAAAAUGCUUCUUCCUACGAGUGGAAAUUACUCUCCGAGGAGCUACCUAUAGGAUCUCAUUCAGUGACACAGAUCAAUUACCCCCUCCCUUCCGAAUUGACAACUUUUCCAAGGUCCCAGUUGUCUUUACUCAGCUCAGUGUGGCUGAGCCCAGGCUACGGACUGAAGUGAAGCCCCUGACUUCAUUGGAUUACGCAUGGGAUGAACCCACCCUGCCACCUUUCAUCACUUUGACUGUUAAAGGGGCAGGUUCCUCUGAGAUCAACUGUAACAUGAAUGAUUUCCAGGACAACCGACAGCUUUACUAUGAGAAUUUCAUUUACAUUGCAGCUACAUACACGUUCUCUGGUUUGCAGGAAGCAGCAGGAAGACCUGUGCCUUCCCACAAGGCCAUCACCUGUUCAGAGCUCGUCUUGGAUGUCUCACCAAAGACACAAAGAGUCAUUUUAAAGAAGAAGGAACCUGGAAAGCGCUCUCAACUCUGGAGGAUGAUGGGAACCGGCAUGCUGGCCCAUGAGGGCUCUUCAGUUCCUCACAACCCCAAUAAGCCCUCAGCAGCUCGCUCCUCUGAAGGCUCUGCCAUCUUAGAUAUUGCUGGUCUUGCUGCAGUAACUGACAACAGGUACGAACCCCUGAUGCUUAGAAAGCCUGACCGCAGGCGAAGCACAACUCAGACUUGGAGCUUCCGCGAAGGCAAACUUACCUGUGGUUUGCACGGGUUGGUUGUCCAGGCCAAAGGAGGGCUUUCUGGUCUGUUUGAUGGAGCUGAAGUUGUUCUUGGUCCUGACACUUCGAUGGAGCUUUUGGGGCCAGUUCCACCUGAGCAACAAUUUAUUAACCAAAAACUGAGGCCUGGUUCUGGAGUAUUAUCCAUCAGAGUCAUCCCAGAUGGACCCACUAGAGCACUGCAGGUAACAGAUUUCUGCCAGCGGAAAAGUGACCGUGCAUCAUAUGAAGUGGAUGAACUUCCUAUUACUGAGCAAGAGCUGCAGAAAUUAAAGAAUCCAGACACAGAACAAGAAUUGGAAGUCCUUGUGAAGUUAGAAGGUGGAAUCGGACUGUCCUUAAUUAAUAAAGUCCCAGAAGAACUGGUCUUUGCAACUCUGACAGGAAUCAAUGUGCACUACACGCAGCUGGCAACCAGUCACAUGCUUGAACUCAGCAUACAGGACGUGCAGGUGGACAAUCAGCAAAUUGGUACCACUCAGCCCUUCAUGUUGUAUGUAACACCCCUGAGCAACGAAAAUGAGGUCAUCGAGACAGGCCCUGCUGUACAAGUCAAUGCUGUGAAAUUCCCCAGUAAGAGCGCACUGACCAACAUCUAUAAGCAUCUGAUGAUCACGGCUCAGAGAUUCACAGUGCAAAUUGAGGAAAAGCUGCUCCUCAAGCUGCUGAGUUUCUUCGGCUAUGAUCAAGCAGAAUCAGAAGUAGAAAAAUAUGAUGAGACCCUCCAUGAAAAGACAGUUGAGCAAGGCGGAACACCAAUUCGAUACUACUUUGAAAAUCUCAAAAUCAGCAUACCCCAGAUCAAGCUGAGUGUGUUCACCUCCAACAAGCUGCCAUUGGACCUAAAGGCCCUAAAAAGUACUUUGGGAUUUCCACUGAUUCGGUUUGAAGAUGCUGUGAUUAAUCUGGAUCCAUUUACUCGGGUCCAUCCGUACGAGACUAAGGAGUUUAUCAUCAAUGAUAUCCUCAAGCAUUUCCAGGAGGAACUCCUCAGUCAGGCAGCUCGUAUCCUGGGCUCAGUGGACUUUCUUGGCAAUCCCAUGGGGCUCUUGAAUGAUGUUUCUGAAGGGGUUACUGGACUGAUAAAGUAUGGAAACGUAGGAGGCCUCAUCAGAAAUGUUACACAUGGAGUUUCAAACUCUGCCGCCAAGUUUGCGGGGACGCUAUCGGAUGGCUUAGGGAAGACUAUGGACAAUCAGCAUCAGUCUGAGCGCGAGUACAUCAGAUACCACGCGGCCACCAGUGGCGAGCACCUCGUAGCUGGCAUCUACGGUCUGGCUCAUGGUAUUAUUGGUGGCUUGACCAGUGUUGUAACCUCAACAGUGGAAGGUGUGAAAACCGAAGGGGGUGUCAGCGGUUUCAUUUCCGGACUUGGGAAAGGGCUUGUUGGCACUGUAACCAAGCCAGUAGCAGGCGCCCUGGAUUUUGCAUCAGAAACGGCCCAGGCGGUGAGAGACACAGCCACGCUCAGUGGUCCCAGGACUCAAGCACAGAGGGUACGGAAGCCGCGUUGCUGCACGGGGCCCCAAGGGCUGCUUCCUCGCUAUUCUGAGAGCCAAGCGGAAGGACAGGAGCAGCUCUUCAAACUGACAGACAACAGCCAAGAUGAAUUCUUCAUCGCCGUGGAGAACAUCGACAGCUACUGUGUGCUUAUCUCCUCCAAAGCUGUGUACUUCCUCAAGAGUGGAGACUACGUCGACCGAGAAGCCGUCUUCCUCGAAGUCAAAUACGAUGACCUCUACCACUGCCUCGUCUCCAAAGACCAUGGGAAGGUGUAUGUGCAGGUAACCAAGAAAGCCGUGAGCACAAGCAGCGGAGUGUCCAUCCCCGGCCCUUCCCACCAGAAACCCAUGGUCCAUGUGAAAUCUGAGGUCCUCGCUGUCAAAUUAUCACAAGAAAUAAACUAUGCAAAGAGCCUUUACUAUGAACAGCAACUUAUGUUAAGACUCAGUGAAAAUCAAGAGCAACUGGAGCUGGACUCCUGA